CUACGAGUGCGAUGACGGCAACGCGGCCGAGCAGCGUGCGGGCGUCCAUGGAGUUUGCGGGUCCGCUGAACGCGGUCUCUGUCUCGUCCAGCCAAAAGCUCAUUGCCGUCGGCGGCCGCGAUGUGCUCAAGAUCGUCGCCCUCGAGAGCGGUGGCUUUGUCGAGAAGCGCAAUCUGCGCUCGGCCAAGUCCAGCCUCAACUUUAGCACCAACGACAUCCGGUGGCAUCCUCAGUCCGACUACCUCCUCGCAACCGCGUCAACAAACGGCUACAUUGUGAUCUGGGACAUCCAGCGAGACACCGCCAAGCUCCAGAAGCGCGACUUUAAGGCCCACGACCGCGCUGUGAACCGGAUUUGCUGGCAUCCGACGGACCCGAACCUGCUCCUCAGCGCGUCCCAAGACGGCUUGAUCAAGCUCUGGGACCAGCGCUACAAGGGCAAGCAGAUCAAUGUGUUUCAGCAGCAAAAGUCCGAGAGCGUUCGCGACGUCAAGUUUAGUCCCUUUGGCGACACCAAGUUUGCCGCUGCGUUCGAGAACGGCACGGUCGAAGUCUGGGAACUCGGCAACAACAAGAAGCCGGAGAUCACAUUCACGGCCCACCAGGGCCACAUCCUGUCGCUGGACUGGCACCCAACGCAGCCAUCGGUGAUUGCAACCGGGUCGCGUGAUCGCAGUGUCAAGAUUUGGGACCUCAACGACGUCAACAAGCCCAAGCAAACGAUCGCGCUGAUUGCCAACGCAGGUCGCAUUCAAUGGCGCCCCGACUGCCCCGAUCACAUUGCGACGAGUUCGUCGAUCACGGAUAGCAGCAUCAACGUGUGGGACACGACGCGGCCGUUCGUGCCGCUCGCGUGCAUGAAGGGGCACGCCGACAUUGUCUCGGACUUUCAGUGGUUUGACACGCCGUUGCACGGCACACCGCUGAGCGAUGCGACCGACAACGUCGGGUGUGGCUACUGGCAGCACAUGCUCGCGUGUUCCAAGGACAAGACGCUCAAACUCCACGCGCUCUCGAACGCGAUCAAGCCGCACCAGAGCAUGCACACGGUCGCGCUCGCCAUGAACAUCUCGGGGCACGUCGUCUCGUCCCACGACCCCAUUGACCGAUCGUGCGCAGCGCUCAAGAUCCACCAGUACGACCAAAACGAGCUCUUUGCCGCGGUGGACCCGAGCCUCGCGAUGCAGACGCCCAGUGCGUGGCGCCAGCAGCAGCAAAUUGCAGCGUCCACGUCGGCCGGCAAGCCGCCACUGAACGCGUCACGCCUCGCGUUCAAGUCGACGCGCAAGCCGUCGACGUCGCGGUCGGUGCCCAACCUCGCAGCACUCUUGACGGAGAGUCCGCCUCCCGUCGAGGUGCCAGCUCCCCAAGCGAUGGUCGCGGUCGUGAGCUUGCAAAGCGCCGUGAGCGUCGAGGACCUCCGAGCGCACUUGACGGAAGGCGCGGGCAUGCCGUCGGCACCGUCCUUGUACCCGCAGCUCUUUGGCUUCAACGAGCAAGUGUUUCAGUUCCUUGCCCAAGAGUACAAACUCUACGGGUCGAUGCUCUUUCAAGACAUGUGCGCCUACAACGCCUACGUGGCUGGCGCUGCAGGCUGUGGGCACAUGAAGAAGACGUGGCUCAUCUUGCAGCUGCUGUACGAGAAACGCACCAAGAGUCCGGCGCGCGCCCCUGCGUCCAACUUGCCACCGUCGACGCCGCUACCAGGCGAAGAGCCCCUGCAGCUCGCCAAAAACGAAGCGUCGUCGCUCUUGCAGCAGCUCGACCAGAUCAACCCCCAAGCCAUGCACGGCGUGGACCUCUACCCGUACGAAGACGGUGCGCAAAAGGAGAGCACACCGGACGCAACGCCGACGAUCGGGAAUACCGUCGACGUCUCGCGGCUCCAGGAUACGCUGCUGAGAGAGGUGCUCGAGUACUAUACCGAGGCCGGCGACGUCCAAGCGUGCACGAGUAUCGCGGCCGUCCUGAGCAAGGUCACCAACAUCGAUGCGAUCAUGAAGAAGGGCUGGCUUCAGCAAGUGUACAUGCACUACAUUGACUUGCUGCACCAGCUGCAGCUCUACACCGUCGCGAAUCACUUGGUCAAGAACUGCCCGGACACGGGCAUUCGCCAAAUGAACAUGAAAGCCACGACGAUCUACACGUCGUGCUCGGGCUGCGGCAAGCCCAUCGACCCGGUCCUCGCCUCCAAGACUUCGUCCGCCAAGCCGGGGCAACAGGGCUUGUGUCAGCACUGUGCUAACCUCGCCACGUGUUCGAUCUGUCAACUGCCAGCGUCUGGACUCUUUGUCUGGUGCCCUGUCUGCGCCCACGGCGGGCACCUCGCCCACAUGGAGGAGUGGUUCGCCACGCAGCAGGUGUGCCCCACGGGCUGCUCGCACGUGUGCGCGCCCUACAUGAAGCUCGUGCUGCGUCCGACGUAAGCGUAACAUGCACAGCGUUUCGUUUUGAUA